UUACGUGUUUUGUGACGUCAUAACGCCUUAACAACAAAAUGGCUACUUUGGCAAAAUAUUGGUAGUUUGAUUUAUGCAAAUAUGAUUAUUAAACACCACAAAGGAAAAUGAUUAGGGCAUUUAGACGAUUUACCAUUGCACGAAAAAUCUGGUCAAAGGAUGAUGCUCCUGAGACCGAGGAAACAGAAAAUAAUGAGCCGGGCAGCCCUAAAACGCCAGCCUUAAAAAAUAAAUGGGGAACAGCUGUCAAAAAUGUGAAUCGGAGACAAUCGUUAAGAAGAAAGAGUGAAGUCGUAGAGAAAGAUCCGUUUCUAGAUAAAUUUACAGUAACUGGAAGAGCAUUUGAGAAAGACGAAGAUGACAAUUUUGAAUGUUCUAAAUUAUUUACCAAAAAAUAUUGGAAGGAGCUGGUUUUUGACCCUGCUGAUUUCCCGUAUUAUUAUUGGUCGAUGUUGGUUGCAUCGAUCAUCAUGUACAACAUUGUGUUCAUCAUCCUGAGAAUAACCUUUCACGAUCAAGUCGAGUCUCCACACAAUAUGCCAAUCUGGUUCGUCUUCGAUUAUAUCUCAGACUUCUUCUAUCUUUGUGAUAUGUUUGCCAAAAGCAGAAUCGGGUUUCUUGAGAGUGGUCUCUUGGUGAAAGAUGUUGGUCGCCUGACCAACGUAUACUUGAAGUCUUGGAUGUUCAAGGUCGACAUAAUAGCCAUCUUACCAACCGACUUUUUUUAUUUUCUACAACGAAAUACAGCCUUUCGUUUAAACAGAAUUAUCAAAAUUUGGAGAAUGAGGGAGUUUUUUGGCUUGGCUCAGACUCAUACAAACUUUCCCAAUCUUUUUGGUGUUGCUCAGUUGAUUUUAUACAUUAUCAUCAUUAUACACUGGAACGCCUGUUUUUACUUCGCAAUAAGCCGUUAUCUUGGGUUCGGAAGCGAUGGUUGGGUUUACCCUGAUCCAACCACCGAAGAUUUCGGGGAUUUCUUUAAGCAGUAUGUAACCAGUUUUUACUGGUCUUGCUUGACGUUGACUACAAUCGGGGACACGGCUUAUCCGGAAACAGUCAUAUCCUAUUGUUUCUGUAUAGUCGACUCACUGGUUGGUGUGUUGAUUUUUGCUACUAUUUUUGGAAACGUUGGUGCGUUGAUUAACGGAAUGGAUGCCGCAAGAACGGAAUAUCAGGCCAAGGUAGAUUCAGUGAAGAGAUACAUGGAAUUAAGAGGUGUGUUCGGAGAACUACAAGUACGUGUCAUCAAAUGGUUCGAUUACACGUGGAACAACAAACAGUCGUUUGAUGACAAAGAGGUACUAUUUUACCUUCCCGAUAAACUACGCGCCGAAAUUUCGGUGCACGUUCAUUUAGGGACAUUAAGACGAGUCGCAAUUUUCCAGGACAGCGAGCCAGGAUUGCUUGUCGAACUUGUGUUGAAACUUCGUUUACAGGUCUUUAGCCCUGGUGAUUAUAUAUGUCGUAAAGGAGACAUCGGAAAAGACAUGUAUAUUGUAAAACGCGGGAAAUUACAAGUUGUGUCAGACGAUGGAAAGGUAAUUUUUGUUACACUUAGCGAUGGUUCCGUCUUCGGCGAAAUCAGCGUUCUUAAUAUCUCUGGAAACAAGACCGGAAAUCGUCGAACGGCAAGCGUGCGCAGUGUUGGUUAUUCAGAUUUGUUUUUGUUGUCGAAAAGGGAUCUAUGGGAUGCUUUAGAAGAAUACCCAGAAGCCAGGAAGAAUCUUAUGCACAAGGGUCAACAACUCCUUCGUAAAGACAACCUUCUCGACGAGGAUGCCGCCAGAAAAGAGGAGAGACGUCUACAGAAUCUAGACAAGAGGAUUGAACUAAUUCAUGACGCAGUUGAUGACCUGCAAUGUAACGUCAAAAGACUGGCUAAACAAAUACAAAAUCAGCAGAACCCAGGCCUUCUACAAGCGAAAUCUAAGUCACGUAUCGAAGUCAUGCCUACACCACUAGAGCAACCGAAGUCUAAAUCACGUAUUGAGGUGAUGCCUAAACCACAAGAGCAACCGAAAGAAGAUGCUAAAGACCAACCAAAAGUUGCCGCACCGAAAGAGGAAUAUAAAGACCCACCAAAAGCACCUGCUCUGAAAGAGGAAAGUAAAAAAGAACCAGAAACAAAACCAGAAGACAGCGAAAAGUAGAACAUACAAAAAGAGUUUCGUAAAAACAAUGCAAAACACAAUUUUCUAGAACUGACAUUUUCAGUGUUUCAAAUUUACGUUGAAGUUAGUAUGACUGUAAAACUGAAAUGUGGAAUGGCUGCGUUACAUGGGGGGUGGUGUAUGAUUGUUUGGAUUUAGAACUUCAAUAAUAUGUAUUAUUGUUAUUUAUCAUAUUUUGUUAUUAUGUAAAUUGUUAGUAAGAAGUAAAAGUGGACACACA